AUUCCGCGGCCGCCGCCAGCCGAGGGGAGCGUCGCGGGCCGAGGAGCAGAUGCCGCGGGGGCCGCUCGCAGCCGCCGCUGACUUGUGAAUGGGACCGGGACUGGGGCCGGGGCUAACACCGCAGCGCUUGCCCUGCGCCAGGGACGGGCGGCCCGGAGGUUGCGUCCACCCGCUAGGGCCCCAGAAAUCACUGUGUUUUCGGUUCAGCGGCCCUGUGACAUUCCUUCCUGUUGUCCUUUGUUGAGUGACCAAUCAGAUGGGUGGAGUGUGUUACAGAAAUUGGCAGCAAGUAUCCAAUGGGUGAAGAAGCUUCAUUCGGAUAUUGACUCUGGUGAUGGGAACAUCAAAUACAUUCUCUCAGGUGAAGGAGCUGGAACCAUUUUCGUGAUUGAUGACAAAUCAGGGAACAUCCAUGCCACCAAGACGUUGGAUCGAGAAGAGAGAGCCCAGUACACGCUGAUGGCUCAGGCGGUGGACAGGGACACCAACCGGCCACUGGAGCCACCGUCGGAAUUCAUUGUCAAGGUCCAGGACAUUAAUGACAACCCUCCGGAGUUCCUGCAUGAGACCUAUCAUGCCAACGUGCCCGAGAGGUCCAAUGUGGGAACGUCAGUAAUCCAGGUGACAGCUUCAGAUGCAGAUGACCCCACUUACGGAAAUAGCGCCAAGUUAGUGUACAGUAUCCUCGAAGGACAACCCUAUUUUUCGGUGGAAGCACAGACAGGUAUCAUCAGAACAGCCCUACCCAACAUGGACAGGGAGGCCAAGGAGGAGUACCACGUGGUGAUCCAGGCCAAGGACAUGGGUGGACAUAUGGGCGGACUCUCAGGGACAACCAAAGUGACGAUCACACUGACCGAUGUCAAUGACAACCCACCAAAGUUUCCGCAGAGCGUAUACCAGAUGUCUGUGUCAGAAGCAGCCGUCCCUGGGGAGGAAGUAGGAAGAGUGAAAGCUAAAGACCCAGACAUUGGAGAAAAUGGCUUAGUCACAUACAGUAUUGUUGAUGGAGAUGGUAUGGAAUUGUUUGAAAUCACAACGGACUAUGAAACCCAGGAGGGGGUGAUAAAGCUGAAAAAGCCUGUAGAUUUUGAAACCAAAAGAGCCUAUAGCUUGAAGGUAGAGGCAGCCAACGUGCACAUCGACCCGAAGUUUAUCAGCAAUGGCCCCUUCAAGGACACUGUGACCGUCAAGAUCGCAGUAGAAGAUGCUGACGAGCCCCCUAUGUUCUUGGCCCCAAGUUACAUCCAUGAAGUCCAAGAAAAUGCAGCUGCUGGCACCGUGGUUGGGAGAGUGCAUGCCAAAGACCCUGAUGCUGCCAACAGCCCAGUAAGGUAUUCCAUCGAUCGUCACACUGACCUCGACAGAUUUUUCACUAUUAAUCCAGAGGACGGUUUUAUUAAAACUACAAAACCUCUGGAUAGAGAGGAAACAGCCUGGCUCAACAUCACUGUCUUUGCAGCAGAAAUCCACAAUCGGCAUCAGGAAGCCAAAGUCCCAGUGGCCAUUAGGAUCCUUGAUGUCAACGAUAAUGCUCCCAAGUUUGCUGCUCCUUAUGAAGGUUUCAUCUGUGAGAGUGAUCAGACCAAGCCACUUUCCAACCAGCCAAUUGUUACAAUUAGUGCAGAUGACAAGGAUGACACAGCCAACGGACCAAGAUUUAUCUUCAGCCUACCCCCUGAAAUCAUUCACAAUCCAAAUUUCACAGUCAGAGACAACCGAGAUAACACAGCAGGCGUGUACGCCCGGCGUGGAGGGUUCAGUCGGCAGAAGCAGGACUUGUACCUCCUGCCCAUAGUGAUCAGCGAUGGCGGCAUCCCGCCCAUGAGUAGCACCAACACCCUCACCAUCAAAGUCUGCGGGUGCGACGUGAAUGGGGCACUGCUCUCCUGCAACGCGGAGGCCUACAUUCUGAACGCGGGUCUGAGCACAGGCGCGCUGAUCGCUAUCCUCGCCUGCAUCGUCAUUCUCCUGGUCAUUGUAGUAUUGUUUGUGACCCUGAGAAGGCAAAAGAAAGAACCACUCAUUGUCUUUGAGGAAGAAGAUGUCCGUGAGAACAUCAUUACUUAUGAUGAUGAAGGGGGUGGGGAAGAAGACACAGAAGCCUUUGAUAUUGCCACCCUCCAGAAUCCUGAUGGUAUCAAUGGAUUUAUCCCCCGCAAAGACAUCAAACCUGAGUAUCAGUACAUGCCUAGACCUGGGCUCCGGCCAGCGCCCAACAGCGUGGAUGUCGAUGACUUCAUCAACACGAGAAUACAGGAGGCAGACAAUGACCCCACAGCUCCUCCUUAUGACUCCAUUCAAAUCUACGGUUAUGAAGGCAGGGGCUCAGUGGCCGGGUCCCUGAGCUCCCUAGAGUCGGCCACCACAGAUUCAGACUUGGACUAUGAUUAUCUACAGAACUGGGGACCUCGUUUUAAGAAACUAGCAGACUUGUAUGGUUCCAAAGACACUUUUGAUGACGAUUCUUAACAAUAACGAUACAAAUUUGGCCUUAAGAACUGUGUCUGGCGUUCUCAAGAAUCUAGAAGAUGUGUAAACAGGUAUUUUUUUAAAUCAAGGAAAGGCUCAUUUAAAACAGGCAAAGUUUUACAGAGAAGAUACAUUUAAUAAAACUGCGAGGACAUCAAAGUGGUAAAUACUGUGAAAUACCUUUUCUCACAAAAAGGCAAAUAUUGAAGUUGUUUAUCAACUUCGCUAGAAAAAAAAAAACACUUGGCAUACAAAAUAUUUAAGUGAAGGAGAAGUCUAACGCUGAACUGACAAUGAAGGGAAAUUGUUUAUGUGUUAUGAACAUCCAAGUCUUUCUUCUUUUUUAAGUUGUCAAAGAAGCUUCCACAAAAUUAGAAAGGACAACAGUUCUGAGCUGUAAUUUCGCCUUAAACUCUGGACACUCUAUAUGUAGUGCAUUUUUAAACUUGAAAUAUAUAAUAUUCAGCCAGCUUAAACCCAUACAAUGUAUGUACAAUACAAUGUACAAUUAUGUCUCUUGAGCAUCAAUCUUGUUACUGCUGAUUCUUGUAAAUCUUUUUGCUUCUACUUUCAUCUUAAACUAAUACGUGCCAGAUAUAACUGUCUUGUUUCAGUGAGAGACGCCCUAUUUCUAUGUCAUUUUUAAUGUAUCUAUUUGUACAAUUUUAAAGUUCUUAUUUUAGUAUACAUACAAAUAUCAGUAUUCUGACAUGUAAGAAAAUGUUACGGCAUCACACUUAUAUUUUAUGAACAUUGUACUGUUGCUUUAAUAUGAGCUUCAAUAUAAGAAGCAACCUUUGAAAUAAAAAAAAAGAUUCUUUUUUAAUUCUGGGUUUGAUUCUUAACAUUGAAAAAACGUUAAGUAUUUCUAAUGAUCCAUUUAUAUUUCUAAUUUAAUUGUGAUCUUUUAAUAACCCUAUUUAUGAUCUGUUGUAGUCUGUCUGAUGCUUUUAUUGUUUAUUUAAAAUCAAAUAUGUUUUACAAAUGUUUUUUCAGACAAGAUUCUGUAACAUCAUGUAAAGCUUUUUUGUACAUUCUUGGUGUUAACCUCCCGGCUUCUCUUCACACACAUCUUCUAAAAAAGAAGGAUGUGAAAGAACUAGGUCAGUCUAUGACUUUGCAAUAUGUGUUAUAUAAUAUGCAUUUAUCUUGUAUUAUCAGUAACUUGAUGGUUAUGAGAGAUGAAUCCAUGAGGGAAUGGAGCUAUCAGAACUCUAAUGUUCCAGGUAUAUAUUCUGUGCCCCACACUGAGCACUGGGGGACUGGGAGACUAGAGUCAAAAAUACAAAUUUGCCCCAGACUCUAAUGUUAUUCUAUUUUUUCUUAUGUUGAACUUGCCAGGCUAUUGUAAGACUCCGACAGUUGAAACUGCUUAUUUUUCCUCCUAUAAUUUUAACUAACUGUAAAAUGAUGUGGCAUUUUACAUUUUAAUGAGAAAGGGCGAUUCAUUUCAAAAACCUUUGUUUAGAAUAUGCUUGGGGCCGUAAGCUCAGAAUGAGGGCAGGGGCCAUUUUGGAUUCUGAGGGUCAAUGCCAUUUGGUCCGGGAGUGUGUCAACAGUCCCCUGCAUCCCAGCUAGUUUACUGGGGAUUGAAACUUAUGUGAAGGGCAUUUCACCUGUUCAGUUGGGCCAAAGGUCGAAACGUAGCAAUACUUGGGGAAAGACCAUACAAAGUCACACUGCAAGUGCUUUCCCUCUUUCCCCUACACACAGGGCACGUGCUUUUUCUUGGAUUGCAGACAAUUUUUACAGUUUUUUUCUGACUUUAUUGUGAAAGUUUGUUUCAAGCAUUUCUUGAUAUCAUGUUACAUACUAUUUUUUAUGAUUUAGUCAACAUGCAUACAAAGAAAUGUUUUUUAUGAAGUGCUCACUUCCAUUUUACUUUGCAUUGAAAUCAAAUUGGGCUGAACACUUCAGUGGAAUACAUUCUGUGGACAAUGUCACUUUAGCAUCUUUCAUCUCAGUGAAGAAUUACGCAUUCUCAAUACUUCCAUAAUUGCAGGUUGUGUUCAUUUUUUAUAUAGUUUUUGUAAUCCAAAGAAUAUUUUGCUAGAUUUGCACAGAUCUCCAAUUGAAUUUGCAAUGAAGAAAUAACUCAAAAGGAAUAUGAAUAGCAUUUAAAUAAGUAUACAGCUGUAAGUAACCCUGUCACCAUGGAUGAUCCUUUUCUCUAGGAAUGUAUUUGGAUUAGAGAUGACAACUACAUUUUCGCAUUUUUAUGUUGAAGUCUUUUUUAAAAAGGCUGUUUACUUUUCAGUAGUUGAGAAUACUUGUUUUUCUUUUUUUUUUUCUUUUUAUCUUUUAUUUUUUCUUUAAGCCUCUAUUGUUUGUAGAACACUCUUAGAAACUUGGAAAUAAAAUGUCUUUCCCAACUAGUGGAGUCCUUUUUCAUUUAGAGCACAUUGCCUUAAAAGAAGUCUUAAUUUAAAUGGUCUUUCCUUAUUUCUAAAGUAAUCACUGUUUUAUACCAUCUAUGCAGCUAAAAGAAGGAACAUGAUUCUGUUCUUUUCCUCAUGUAAUGGGUAUUGUUUCUAUUCAUCAUUCAUUCAUUGAUUCAUUCACUAAUUCAUCAAAAUCUUAUUUUAUAAACCUUGCUCCAGUUACUUGAGGAUUCAGAAUGAAUCUUACUACCUUUCCUGACAUCUUUUGAUAAUUCAACCCUAUACCAAAGUAUCCACCUUGUUGUCUUAUAGUCACCUAUUUACCUAUUUGCCCUCCUAGACAAUGCAAGAAGAUAUUUUAUCUCCUUCCAAGUUGAAGGAAGAACAUAAAAGGUGUAACAGGAAGGAGAAGGUGAGAUGUAGAGUGUGAAUGGAGAUUAGGCCAGCUGUGGAAAUUCUGGACAGAUCUUGGGUUUAGCUAAGUUAUCUUUUUUAGGCCUGGGUUUCUGGGGGUGACAGGGAAGAUACGCGAGUAGUUUCUUUACACCUCUUGGAGAAUUGGUUAAAAGUAUAGCGAUCAUGGCUCUGUAUGUCAGGCGGAACCAGGUCAGGAGUACUUGAAACUACUCCUGGGUCAUUGUGACAUAUCCUUCACCUCUUUUUGAGAAGCUUUAUAAGACAACAGAGGUGAAUGCAGGUUGGGCAGUUGGAAUCUGAGCAGAAGAGGGGCAAAAUUUAUUUGGCAGGCAGUGUGGAGAACAGAUUAGGAGCAUGUAAACCCAGAGGUGUGCCCCAGGAGGGCUUUUGCAAAGGUCAAAAUGAGGUAGAAUAAGGGCCUGAAAUAAUCCAGUAAUUUGGAGAUGGAGAAGAGGAAAGACUUCUCUGCUCCUGUACUGCCGUCAGCCUGGUCUGGGCUACAGUCAUCUCUGACCCGGAAGACUGACACCACCUCUUGGCUGAUCCUCUGCUUCCUAACCUCUUCUCCACAAAAAAGCCAGAGGGAUACUUUUAACACACAACCAAGAUCACGUGACUUCAUAACUUAAACCUCUUCACUGGCUUCCCAAAGACUUAAAAUGAAUUCUGAUGCUUUUACUUUGUUGCUUUACAUGAACAGGGCCUUGUGAACCUCUCCAGUGUCAUUCAGCUCCAUCCUCCUUUCAGUGCACGAUGCUCCAGCCAGACUGGCCAUCUUUCAGUUCCUCAUACAAAUGAAACACGUGUCCUUUUCCAUGGAAAGCAGGUCACCAUUUUUUUUUUUGUACCAAUGACAACUCUUUAAACUUAUUUUGCUUUUUUGGCUUUAUGUAUGUGUGUGGGUGGGUCUGACUGCCCUACCAGAAUGUAAGCUCCAUGAGGGCAGGGAAUCUUGCUUUCUUGUUUACCAUUGUAUAUCCAGUUCUUUACACUGUGCCUGAAACAUAACAGUUACACAAUAAAUAUCUGUUGAAUGAAAGCAAA